UCUCCCUUUUUUCACUCUUCCAUUCUCUGCCUCUGUAUAUAAAAGAGUGGUGUAUGAAUUGUGCUACAGAAACUAUGUUCACAUGCUGGGGAUUCAGAAAGGGCCAUGUAACGUGCACCCAGGGCAGUGGUGCUGAAACAGACUUGCAGAAACUUCGAGAUGACUGACAGUUACCUUUGGUGAAUCAGAAAGCAGGAUGCCUGGUGUGCCCUGCGGGGCCUCGUAUCAAGCCCUGCCUGUUGCUUGUGCCCUUGUCCUCUCCUGGUUAUUACUCUUGGUGCAUGCUGAGUUCAGCCAGAAACCAGCCAAACUGCCUCUGGUGGGCCGCAAGCCAUUCCUGGCUGCAUGGAAUGCACCACUCGAUUUGUGUGCUGUCAAAUACAACAUGAACAUCAGUCUGGAGCUUUUUCAUAUUAGCGGCAGUCCACGAGCUGUCCAUACAGGCCAGGAUGUCACUAUCUUCUAUCCAAACCGCCUGGGUUACUAUCCAUUCUAUACAGAGCAAGGUGAGGCUGUGAAUGGAGGCCUUCCACAGAACUGCAGUCUGGAAGCUCACCUCAGAAAAGCUAGCAAAGAUAUUGCACAUUUCAUUCCCUCUGAAGAUUUUCAAGGCCUAGCUGUCAUAGACUGGGAGUACUGGAGGCCACAGUGGAACCGCAACUGGCAGAAGAAGGACAUCUAUCGUCAACGCUCACGUGAACUUGUCUCCCGAGCCUAUAUAAAUGUGACAGAAGAUCAGAUAGAGGAACUGGCACGUCUACGCUUUGAAAAGAGUGCCAUGGCAUUUAUGCAGGGCACACUGGAACUUGGCACACGAGCUCGACCAAAAGGUCUGUGGGGCUUCUACCUAUAUCCAGACUGCCAUAACUACAAUGUGCACAUGCACAAUUACAGUGGCUAUUGCCCCAUGAUGGAGCGUGAUCGCAAUGAUGAACUGCUCUGGUUGUGGAACAGCAGUACUGCACUCUUUCCUGCAAUGGCUAUUCGUAAAGGCCACAUGGACAGCAAUCGCAACCUGCACUUCUGCCAGAACAGGGUGCUGGAGUCGCUAAGGCUCGCUUCCAUGACCUCACUGACCUACGAGCUGCCCACUUUUGUGUACACACGGCUCGGAUACAGAGACGAAGCCAUGACGUUCCUGACACAGAAGGAUUUAAUACAUACAAUAGGAGAAAGCGCCGCUUUGGGUGCUGCAGGCUUUGUGAUCUGGGGCGACCUUAACCUCACAUCUUCUAGACAAAACUGCUCCAGGGUAAGAACAUUUUUGAACUACAGACUGGGCCAGUACAUCACCAACGUGACCCGAGCAGCUGAAGUAUGCAGUGAAUAUCUGUGCCAGUCCAACGGUCGUUGCGUACGGAAAGACCCACGGGCGCCGCAUUUUUUGCACCUGAGCCGCACCAGCUACCACAUCCACUCCAACCGCAAUGGCUCAUUUACCAUCACUGGCUGGCACUCCCAGCAUGAACUCCAACAACUGUCUGAAAGGUUCUACUGCCACUGUUAUGAAGGUUAUGAGGGCGAGCACUGUGGCAGUAUAGAGCCGACGCACACGGCAGAUGUUGAGGAUCGAGGAGCAGAGAGCUCUGCUGAGUCUGUGGGAAAUGCCCUUGUCCUGGUGGUGCUGCUCAUUCUGUUUACCUUUGGCUGUAUUUGAAGCAUAGUGGUACAGCUAUCCAAUGGCACAUGUAGUGACCAAUGUUUGUAUGCAGAUGCAUAUUUUAUAUAUAUAGGCUGAUAUCACUUGAAGCAACAGGAAAAUACUCACCCAGCGUUUUUAUCUGAUAUCAUUAACCUUUUUAAAUACUUGUUAAAAAGUUAGCCUUAUUUGCACAAACUUUACUACAGUAACCAUACAAUAUUACUGUAAACAAAUGAUUUAUCUGCGAAUGUUUUCUUUUGAUGGAGAUUCUCUAUCUAUAUGUCUCUUAAUAAUACACAUAUGAUUAAUAAGGUUGGAUUCCAGACGCCAUUUGCUGUCAAUCCCAGAGAGUACCGAUAACCCAAAUGCAUGACCCAUUUAUUUUUCUCUUUUGUCUGAGUAGACAUAAAUGUAGCAAGCGAUUUAUGCAGAGUCCAAUAAUCCAACCAUAACUACAGCUUCUCAAUUUAAACUUGAGUAUCUACAUUACUGCAUGGUGAAAAGAGGAACAACAUAUUUUAAAUGUUAUCCUAAUAUCUUAAAGCAAACUAUCACCUCAUUUACCUGAUACAUAUAUUUACCUAUAUACAUACAUACAUACAUACACUUUUUAAUAAUUAAUUAAUUUAAGCUAAUUAAUUCUCAGUUCACGUUUUCUUCAACCCAUAUCACUUGAAAAUCCUACCACAAGCCUUGAUAGAAGACAAGCUGAAUGUUGAAUGACUAAAUGUAAAUAUAAUUCAGUAGACCUUUUGCAAAAUAUUUAAAAAAAAGCCUGAAAAGAGUAAAACUGGAUCAUUUUAAGCUUUAUCAUUGUUUUCUUUAAACACAGUACUUUAAAUAUUUCUAUUUGAAUAAAUGUUUUUAAAUUUAUAAAGACAAAAUGCAUAAUUACUACAAACAAAGCACAGAUAUUACUACCUUACUUUUUCCAGUAUUAACAUCAUAACCUAUAAAUAACAUUACAUUUUACCAUCAAUGUUUUAUUGCUGAAGCUUUUAUCAUUUUCAUUUGAAACUGCAAAGCAAUGUUAUCAGAAACAGAGGAAUGAAUGCAUAUACCUCAUUUUGAGUCGUUUUUUCUCAACUUUUUUGAAUGUACAUUCUACAAUACCACACAACUCAAUAUAUAGAACAUACUAAGAACACUUGGUUAACUUGACUGUUAUAUUCCUACUUCAUAAAGACAUGAACGUCAUUCAAACAAAGAUUGUUAGUAUUGUCUCAUUUCGCAUUACUUUUUUUAAAUUGCAUUUUUACAAACUAUUGCCAAAUUUUGUACCUCAUCUGUUUAAAGUUUGUAUGAAUUACUUUGUACUGGCAAUAAUGUUGAUUAUGUGAAAGAAUAUAUUGCCUGACUUGCCUUACCUU